AUGGACGUGACAUACAAUGCAUCAGGAGAGGAAGGUUAUGAUGGCACUAAUGGUUCAAGCUAUUAUGAUACUUCAUCGUACCACGGCCGAAAUGGUGGAAAUGCAACGGCACCAGGUGAAGGAAUGAAAGGUGGAACCAUCAAGAUUAAAUUAUCAUCUGUAAAUAAUCCCAUAAGUCCUGGACACAUCCAUAUUCAAGGAUCGCUGGAUCAACCUUUUGGUCAAAGUGAACAAAUCAACGAAGAUAUCUUUUUAGGUGCUAACGGUCUAAUUAAUCUUUUCGCCCAAGGCGGACGCGGCGGGAACGGAGCCAAUGGUGGGAAGGGGCAGGACGGAGCUAAAGGAACGGAUGGAGACGACGCUACCACUUACUCCGCAGGUACUGACGGUACUUCCGGUUAUGAUGGAGGACACGCUGGUUCGGGUUCUAGCGGAGCUGAUGGUGGGUCCGGAGGUGUUAUUAAUGUAAUUGUACCGGAAGAAGAUUCGCAUCUACUUCUUUUGCUUGGCACUCACAAUGUUGAAGGUGGCCCUGGAGGAUCACCCGGAAGAAACGGACAGCCCGGCACAGGUGGAAGGGGUGGAAGGGGUGGAAACAUGAAACGCUGGUCGGAAACCCGGCGUGACAGCCAAGGAAAUACUUAUUCGGUGACCAAAACUCGAGCGGGAGGUGUUGAUGGCGCAGACGGUCGAAAUGGAAAUUAUUCAAAUGCUCAUCUGAAACAAGGAAAGCAAGGAAUGAGAGGGAGGUUUUCAUUCGGUGUUCGAAUUGGAGGAUCGGUAAUCACAUACAGCAACCUGUUCAGGUUGGAGCUAGUGGACUUUAAACACGAAGCUCAGAACGCGUCUGGCGUCAUUGAACCUUCCGGCAGAGUUAUAAUCCAUAGCAUGAAAUUUAAAAAUUCUGGUGGAAUGCCCACCCCAAGGCACAAGGACAUACGAAUAGCACUUCGACCGUAUAGCAAUAUGGUCGCAAAUAGUACACAAAUUAACGCACCCAAACCGAUUCAACCUAACGACACUGCCAUCUCUCGAGACCCUUUGCACGUAAGAAUAAACGAUGUGGAUACGGUGAGCGACGGAAAUCCACUUCAACAAUCUAUUAACGUAGGAUUUACAGCAACAAUGACAGAUAUCGAACGACCCCUGCAGCUGACACUUCAACAACAACUCCAUUUUGUUGUCCAAUAUCCGAUCAAUGUUAGUGAAGUGAUAGCGAUACACGUACCCGGAGAUAAACACACGUAUGAACUCUUUUGGUCCGUGACCAACAUAGGACACUGCGAUCUCGGUCGACAAUCGAAUUGCGGUCGUCAAAUUCGAGCAGUAUUAAAUAAAGGUGAAACGACUAAUGAUCAACAACCACUUGAACUCGGGGAAGUAAACUUACUGCAUGCAGGUGAAUCCAAACAAUUAGCCUAUCGCAUUCAACUGGACGAUACGCUUGGAACUGGAUGGCAACACUUUUCGGUAACAUUGCAAAUUGGAAAAAUGGAUCAACCGGAUUCAUUAAAAUCCAUCCAAAGACGACGGUUUCUGGUUAAGCCGGCAACGCUUCAAGAAAAUGACUUGUUACUCUGCACAUAUAAUAACCCAUGUACAAAUGUACCGAGCAGUUGGAACGGAAAUGUGGAUUACAAGGGCGAGAUCGAUAUUAGGUUGUCAAAUCCAGCCAAUGCAACGAAUAUGGGUGAGGUUCUGAUAUGCGGUACCAUGAAAUAUAAUAACGGUUGUAAGAUUGAAUUGGAUCACCAAUUUUCUUUUCGAACCGAUGGUCAUAUUUACUUAUCAACUGGAAACCGUGGCGGAAAUGUAACCGUUACGGUUGCUGAGCACGAAUCACAUUUAUUAUUACUUCUGGCACAUAACUUUAACGACCCUCUUAAUGCUCUUACAAACUGGAAGUUUAAGAUCGUCAAUGAAACGUACAAUAGAAUCGAAGAAUUUGAUAGACCAUUUAAAUUAGAGCUCCGUGAUUUUGUCGUUCACGCCGAUAACCUGGACAAUAUAUAUGAACCGAGUGGCAGGGCAAGAAUUCGAAAUCUUCGAGUUUGCAAUGUGAGUCAGAUGCCAACGCCCAGCAAUCAUGAAAUACGAAUCACGCUUAAUCCGAGCGAUUGGAUAGUUCCUGACGACACAUCAUUCACGGUUCCCAAAUCAAUACCUGCGGGGGGAGAGGUCGUCCUACAGAAAUCGUUUGAAUUUUCGUUGUGCGACGAUACCGAAACUAACCACCUCACACCGUUGAGAAUUCCAGAUAACAUUAAAUUCAAUGCAAUAAUGACAGCUGGAAAUCGCAUACUACCAUCAUUCAGUAUAUCAAAACCGAUUCAAAUUCAGUAUCCGAUCGAAAUCGGUGAGUUUGUUGGAUUUCGUCAUCCUGGUGAAGAUGAAAUCUUUAGUAUAUUUUGGUGCAUCAAGAAUCUUAGCCGAGCGAAAUUUGGCAAGAAUUCGGAGCUUGGUCGCAUGGUUGAAACGUCGGUAUUUCGAAUUGGAUCUGAUGAGAAUCGUCGUGCAGUGAUUUAUAUGAAAGACCUUGAAUCGUUUGCACCAAACGAGAUCAUAUCUUUGAAAACAAAGACAAAGUUAGAAAGGAAAAAUGACAAAUAUACCAAUACUCAAUUUGAGUCGCACUUGCGAUUAGGAACACCAGAAUUUCCAGAAACUCCAAGGCAAAUUCAAUUACAUCGAUUCCUAUUAUCACCUUUCACACUCUCACCGCUCCGAAACACCAAGCACAAUCCAUUCAACUUGAUCCUAAAUUUAGGUGAAGGUCGCCUAACCGCAAACGGAACUCAACCAAAUGAUCAUUCUCAACCGGGCGAAAUUCGUAUUCGUAUGUCUGCUCCUAAUAGACCAGGAAAUAAGCCGGGAGAUUUGACGAUCGAAGGUACCCUAAAGUACACAAAUGGUUGGAAAACAGAAUUCAACGAUCGAUUUUCUCUGGAGAAAACUGGACAAAUCUACCUGAUUCCAAGUGGAAACAACAACGCAACUGCGGGUACUAUUGACAUCGAAAGUUCAGUCAAUGAUACACAUCUCUUGUACUUGAUUCACGAGGCCACGCUGGUCAAAUGUCGGGACGUACUGUUACGAAUUCAGUCGAGUGAAAAUGAGCAGCAUUAUCGAGGACUAUAUAAGUUGGAAUUGAUGGAUUUUGAGUGCGAGCCCGAGGACCAAAGUUCGAUUUAUGAGCCUGGAGCAAGAAUCAUUGUGCGCAAUAUUAUUGUGAAGAACACCGGUCAAAUGCCAACUCCUAGCAUUAAAGAUGUCAAAUUGUCUGUUAUUGGAACGAUCGAGAUAAUUUCCACCGAGGAAAGUAUAAUCUUACCCAAAUCCAUCGGCGCCUCCCAUGAAGUGACCUUAAAUUCAAAGAGAAAUAAUGAUAAGGUUCUGGACUUUAACAUUAAAUCCGAAAACAAGCCGUCAUAUGGAAAACCACUUGAAAAAAAAUAUACAGUUAACCUAAGGGCAAUCAUGGGCGGGAUAGAACGUCAAAUAAUCUCAUUUAAACGACCAAAAGAGCUUGACAUCAAGUAUCCAAUUCAGAUAUGCCCUAAAGCAGGAGUUCGAGAUUUUGCUACAGAUGAUGAAACGAUGGUCAUUUGGGUAUUAAAUAACAUUAGUCAGAUUUCAUUUGGUGCUGAAUCUGAUUGUAAGAGAUUAGUAAAAGUCGGAGUUACCCUCGAUGAAGUCGAACCGCCCAAUAGCUUAAGAUUUUUUAGAGCCAACAUGGAAGAUAAAGAAUCCAAGGACACGCCCUCCAAUUAUUACGAACAAGAAAUUUCCUUAUUCCAAGCUAACCAGGAGGUCACGAUGUUUUGCACGUUAAUCCCCAACAAUGACGCGAUAGGUUCUGAAGAUGAUUCACAGGUACUCAUCACAGCAAAGCUUUCGAUCGCCCUUAAACUUGGUUCUAUAAAGAAUCCCGCCAAAGUUCAGGAUAUUGAAAUCAGAAAACACGAAAUGAUAGUAUCGCCGAAAUAUGAAGUUAACAGAAAGGCGGACUUACUUAUUGUGAUCAAUCGUGACACCAGAAAAGAAGAACACGAUGCAUGGAGGGAAUUAUGUAAAGAAACGAAAUUAAGAAGUUCCGUGUGGGAUCUUUCCCGAAUGGGUCAUUUGGAUUUGUUUACUUCGUAUUCUGAUUCGUCAUUAAAAUCAACCCGAAAGUCGCGACAAGAAUACACAGACUCUACGAUUGUCGAAGAUCAAGUAUCAAGGAAUGACCAAGACGCCCUAGAGAUAGAGAUUGCAGAAAACUCCAGAUUAUCUCGACAUGAAGCAUCUGAUACUCUCGUUGAAGAGAUUGAUGAAAGUUUUCUGGCAGCCGACUUUCGAGAAAAAACCAUCGUCAUCCUUAAUAAUCUAUUUGAAGAUAUUACAAGCAUUUCGAAUUUGAAAACCAGAGACAAAACUUUAGUCAGAACGUUGGACUACGUGGAUCCAAACCAAAUAUACAAAGCCUUUCGUAACUACGGUAUCAAAUUCUAUAUAGUUGGCACCGACAUUGAUAAAAGGGUACUUGAAGAGUAUUUUAUUCCAAAAAAAGACAUCAACUCAUUCCUCGAAACACCCGAGCCAAAGAUUAAAAAUUACAUCAAAUAUAAAAAAGGUUUUGAACCUAACGAUCAAGCGAAAGAAGGUGUGGAAGGUGAAGGGUUUGAAUGCAUCAAAACGCAUCUGAGGCCAAUAUUUCGUUUUAUGUCAUCUACGGAUUCGUACACAAAGAAUAAAGUCAGCAAGCUAAGCAAAUCAUUGCAGACACUCUAUCCGGAACGACGACAUUUGGUCAUAGUUAUGAAUGGCGAGAAACGCAAGGAGGAUAAGAUAUUUGUAUGCAGAACCGUUGAUAGAACCGAAAGACAUCUGGGCUAUUUGAACUUGACAGAGGAUGGCAUUCAUGAUCCAAAGACAAUUAUCAGCAAUGAAAAUAAAAUCGGAUUAUUGUCUUGCAUAACAUUUUCCAGGAGACUUAAUAAAUUGAAAGAAUUGAUUUCCGACUCAACUCCAGGAACGGAUUCCUCCUUAUUGGAAUCCCUACAGAAAUUAUUGGAGGUUGAUUUGAUAAUGGAAUUGAUUGGAUUGUGCAAAAUCAACGAAAAAAAAGGCCUGACAACUAAACCUUUAUCUGUCGCAAACUUGAAAUUCUUCAAAGAAUUUUGUGAUUUUGUGGUACAUUUAUUGAAAGAGACAAAAACAAUGGAAAAUAAAUAUUCAGGAUGGGCACUUGGCGUCAUGGCGAACCUGAAGAUAACUCUCUAUUGCGGUAGAAGAUGGACCGACUUUUUUAAAUCCAAUAAAAAUCUUAGAAUCCGAAUCCUGGAGCGAAUAGUUGAGAGCGAAUACCAGAAGGUGUUUGAAAAGGUGAAUAAUCAUGUACCAAGUAUAACUGUCAAAUCGCAAAGUCAAAUCCUGGCACGGGAAAUAAAGAAACGGGAACAGGGUAUUAAGCAAGAAUGGAGCCGAGUAAAUAAUAAAAAAGAUGGGAAAUUCAAUUUCGCUGUUAAUAAGACGAUUGGGUUCUUAAGUGGAAUAGAUACAUUAAAGAAUGAUUGGAAUAUUCUGAACGAUAAUACCGAGAUUGUGGUAACGGAUAAAGAUUACCGGAAGCUUGAAAGUGACUAUACGAAAAAGAUUUCCAUCAUUCAAGAGAAGAUUGUGGCAUUUAGAUCCUUUGGCAAUAGAUUGGCUCAACAGAAAUCCUAA